AUGCUUGUAUUUUGGUUUUUAAUUUUAUUUUAUUUGGGUCUUUUAGCUGAAAUUGGAUGUCUUCAGGCAGUUCAACUCCUGUGUGAACACAAAUGUCCCAUUAAUGUCAAAGAUUUGGAUGGGAACAUACCUCUGCUGCUUGCAGUGCAAAGUGGACAUACAGAAGUCUGCAAAUACCUUCUGGAUCAUGGAGCAGACAUCAACACCAGGGAUAAAAAUGGAAGAACUGCUUUGAUGAUGGCUUGUGAAGUUGGUAACCUUAGCAUGGUGGACGCUUUCCUUAGGAGAGGUGCAGAUGUCAGUUUAGUAGAUGUCUUUGGACAGAACGCUCUGCAUUAUGCCAAGCUCUCUGAGAAUGCAGGGAUCCAGAACCUCCUAUCAUCAAAGUUAUCUCAGGAUGUGGAUACAAAGUCACCGACGAAAGCGAAGCAGGUAUUUGUCCUUCUGGUUCUGAAAAUACUCAGACUAUCUAGACUUGUGCCAGCCCAGUCUAGAAUUCCAGAAACAGAUCAUUUAAAUAGCCCAGACAUUUCAGAAAAUGGUUCUGAUCUUAACCUGAAGUUCCAAGAAACUCAGAACAGGUAUGAGGAAGCUGGGAAAGACACCUUGAAUGUACAGAGGCAAAAGAAGCUGAGUCUUGUUUCCUCUGAAAGUGAAGAAACCAGUUCUGAUCUGAGUAUGUUAAAAGUUACAUAUGCAGAAGUUGAAACACUUAGGCAAAAAUUGAAGAAAGCAUUGGAGGAGAACGAAAGACAAAAAGAAAAAGUGAGAGAGCUACAGAAAAAGUUUGAAGACAGAGAGCAGAAUGUGGCAAGCAAAUUGUCUGUGGAAGAGUGUGAGGAAAUGAAGAAUUCAUAUUGUUCAGUUAUUGAGAACAUUAAUCAAGAGAAAGCAUUGCUGAUUGAGAGGUACAAAGAAGGGCAAGAGGAAAUUAAAAGGCUACAGGACAAGCUGACAAAGCAGACACAGCUGGAAUCUAGUGCUGAAGCUGGAGAAAUGAAAGAUGUGAUGCACAGAAUGGUAGAUGAGCUCAACAGACAACUUAGUGAAUUGUCUCAGUUGUACAAAGAAGCACAAACAGAGCUUGAAGACUACAGGAAGAAAAAAACUCUAGAUGAUAUAGCUUUGGACUACAUUCCUAGAGAAGAACAUGAGAAACUGAUGGAGGUAACAAAUUCUUUGAAAUACAAAGCAGAAAAUGAGUUAUCAGAAAUGCAAUCCCAGUACACAAAAGUCUUAGAUGAAGCAGAAGAACUAAAGCAACUGUUAGACACUCAGAAACAAAACUCCGUGCCACUUACUGAACACCGUCAGGUGAUUGGUGCACUCAGAAAUACCAUAAAGGAAAUGGAGGAAGAAAUAAAUGAGCUCAAAAAACAGCUUAGCAACAAGGAAGGUGAAUUAAGAAACUUAGAGAAGGAGUUGCUGGAAGAAAAAGCUGCAAUUAAUGAAGCAAUGGUACCCAAGGCUGCAUAUGAAAAGCUCCAGUCAUCACUAGAGGGUGAAGUUAGUGUUCUGUCAUCCAAACUGAAAGAUGUAAUCUGAGAGAAGGAAAACGUGUCCUUAGAUGCUCUGAAACUGAGAAAUGAAAUUCUGCACUUGAAAGAAGAAAAAGAAGGUAUGCAUACUCUGCUUGAAGCAAAGGAACGGGAAGUGACUGAUCUUCAGCAAAAGUACCACCAAGUUCAAGAAGCCCUUCUUGAAAUUAAAAACUCACCAGCUUUUUUAUUGGGAUGGUUGGAAUUACAGCAUUUUCAUGGAUGUGCUUCUGAGCAAAUUUAG